AUGGCGACCCGACUUCAGUUUGAGAAUAAUUGUGAAGUUGGUGUGUUUUCUAAGGUGACCAAUGCGUACUGCCUAGUUGCUAUUGGUGGAUCAGAAAGCUUCUACAGCACUUUUGAGGCAGAGUUAGCUGAUGUCAUUCCUGUUGUUCAGACCUCAAUUGCUGGCACUCAGAUAAUUGGACGGCUAUGUGCUGGUAACAAGAAUGGGCAUCUUGUGCCUCAUACCACCACUGAUCAAGAACUCCAACACUUGAGAAACAGUCUACCUGAUCAAAUAGUUGUUCAACGGAUUGAGGGGAAAAUAUCUGCCCUGGGGAAUUGCAUAGCAUGCAAUGAUCAUGUUGCCCUUGCGCACACUGACCUUUACAGGGAAACCGAGGAGAUAAUAGCUGAUGUUCUAGGGGUUGAAGUUUUUCGGCAGACAAUAGCUGGUAACAUUCUUGUGGGGAGCUACUGUGCCAUCUCCAACAGAGGUGGUUUGGUCCAUCCUCGUACAUCCAUUGUAGACCUGGAUGAGCUUUCCACCCUUCUCCAGGUCCCUUUAGUUGCUGGUACUGUAAACCGCGGCAGCGAAGUGAUAGCCGCUGGAAUGACAGUAAAUGACUGGACAUCCUUUUGUGGGUCGGACACUACAUACUGA